CGUUUCAAGACCAAGAAGUAACGCAUGCAAAGUUUGAGCAACGUGACCGCGAGCACGAUAGAGAUAAAUAGCUGCCCUUGCCAUCUGGACAGCCUCACUUUGUUCCACGACCACCGCGAGCCACAGGGAGCGCGAGAGAUUAGCGAUGGAGGCUGUCCGGUUGCAAGGAGCUAGGGUUUUGCGGGAUGCCCAGGGCGGCGACGCUAGAGCGCUGCUUGGAUCGCGGGGCAGCAGUAGCAGCAGCAGCAGCAGCAGCAGCAGCAGCACGAGUGGGCGCGUGAGGCUGCCGCUGCGCCGUUCCAAGUCGAGGCUGAGUGUGGUGGCGCUGGAUGCUGCGCAGCCAUUUGAUUAUGAGUCUAGGAGGAUGGAGCAGAUGCACAAGGAGAGCAAGCUCAAGGUCGGGAUUGUGGGCUUUGGAAACUUUGGACAGUUCCUGGCGCAGCGGAUCGUCAAGCAGGGCCACGCUGUGCUAGCGCAUUCUCGCUCGGAUUACUCGAGCUUGUGUGACGAAAUGGGAGUUUCGUUCUUCAGGGACGUGGAUGACUUUUGCGAGGAGCAUCCCGACGUUGUGUUGUUGUCCACCUCCAUCCUCUCGACUGAAGCCGUCUUGCGAUCUCUGCCGCUUCAGCGCCUCAAGAGGAGCACCUUGUUCGUGGAUGUUCUUUCCGUCAAGGAGUUCCCAAAGACAUUAUUCCAGCAGGUCUUGCCAGCCGAGUUUGACAUUUUGUGCACGCAUCCCAUGUUCGGGCCCGAGAGUGGCCGGGGGAGCUGGAAUUCUUUGCCACUUGUUUACGAUAAAGUGCGGGUUGGAAGUGGCGUGAGGGACGAACGCUGCCAGAGGUUUCUUGAGAUUUUCGAGCGAGAGGGCUGCCGAAUGGUAGAGAUGUCGUGUGCAGAGCACGACCGCUUCGCUGCGAGCAGCCAGUUUAUAACUCACACUGUUGGAAGGAUGCUGGGAAAGCUGGAGCUGGAGUCGACUCCGAUUAACACCAAAGGAUACGAAACACUUCUUGACUUGGUCCAAAACACUCAAGGCGACAGUUUUGACCUGUACUAUGGCUUGUUCAUGUACAAUAUCAAUGCCACUGAAGAGCUUGAACGACUGGAGCUCGCGUUUGACGCUCUGAAGAAGCAAUUGUUUGGCAAGCUCCACAAUGUUCUGAGGAAGCAACUAUUUGACGUAGGGAGUGCAGCAACCAACCAUGCCGUGGCCGUCGCCUCCACCGCAGCAACUGUUGCUGCUUCUGACAAGAUUAGCAAUGGAUCGGGUGUUGCUGCUUCAGAAAAGAUUAGCAAUGGAUCUGCGGUCUCACAACUUACGCUUGUAAGCACUGUGGAAGAGGCCCAAGGCCACCAGUAACUUUGCCACACAUUUUAUUGAGUAGCUGUGAAUAAACAUUUUUUGGUAGAAAA